AUGUCUGAUCGACAACAAUCACGUGGACGUGGCGGUGAUAGUCGAGGUCGUGGAGGUUUUGGAAAUCGUGGUGGUGGUGGUAGCUUUAGGGGCAGUAACGAUCGAGGCGGAGGAGGUUUUCGAGGUGGUGAUCGAGGCCGAGGAGGUUUCAGAGGUGGUGAUCGAGGCCGAGGAGGUUUCAGAGGUGGAGAUCGAGGACGUGGAGGUUUCCGAGGUGGUGAUCGUGGCCGUGGAAGUUUCCGAGGUGGUGAUCGUGGUCGUGGAAGCUUCCAAGGUGGCAAUCGUGGUGGAGGAAGAUCACCCGAUGUGAAACGUGAAUUUAUGACGGAUAGUAUUUAUGUCGGACAAUUACCUGUUGACAUCAAAGAAAAUGACUUGAAAAAACUAUUUCCGAAAGCAAAAAAUAUUACAAUGACACCUGCUGAAGGAACUAGACCUGGCCAUGCUUUUGUCUCAUUUCCUGAUGAUAGUGCAGCAGCAGCUGCUGUUAAACAAGGAGCAAGCUUCAAAAGUACUGAACUCAAAGUAGCUUUUCAAACUAAACGUCCUGAACCACAAAAACGAUUGUCAAAUAUAAGUGACAAUGCAGGUCCACAAUCAAAGAAAUUCAAAACUGAUGUGUCUGAACAAAAAGGAUCGACAACUAGUAAUUUGAAAAAAAUAGGUAACAAGGCUACUGAUUCUGAUGAAGAAGAUGAUGACGACGAUGAUGAUGAUGACGAAUCUAUGGAUUUUGAUGCCGAUAAUGGUUCGGACGAUGAUGAUGAUGAUGAUGAUGAAGAUGAUGAUGAACAAGAAAAAAGAAUUAAACAAACUGUUGCUAAAAUGACUGGUGGAGGAAAAUCGGUACCUUCAAUUUCAGCAACUGGUAAAAAAGUUGAAAACGAUGACGAUGAAUCGGAUGAGAGCGAUGAUGAUUCUGAUGAAGAAGAUGAUGACGAUGAUGAUGAUGAUGAUGAUGAUGAAGACGAAAAACCAUCGAAAUUAAAGAAAUCUGCACCAUUAUCUGGCAAACCGUCGACUCCUACUGUUACUCCUAAUAUAGCAAAAGGAAAAUUAUCACUUAAUAAAUCAGCUGUGCUUGAUAGCUCAUUGCAGAAAAAAGCUCAACUUGAGCAAAAAGUGUCUGAUAAAGUAACACCAUCGAAAGCUCAAAAACGACCAGCUGAUGUUACUGAUAAAUCAAGUCCUCAAGCAAAAAAGCUCAAAAAUGAAACUUCAAUCAGUGAUAAAAACAUUCCAGUAUUAAAUAAAAAUAUACAGCAAGGAAAAGUAACUAACAAUAAGGAUGAAAAAACUUUGAAAGCGUCUGUCGCUAAACCAGUUAAACCUGUUGCUAAAUCAUUGUUGCUAGAAGAAGAUGAUGACGAUUCUGAUGAUGAUGAUGAUGAUGAUGAUGAUUCUGAUGACGAUGAUGAUGAAGUACCUAAAAAGUCAUCCAUCAAGGCACCUAUUAGCGGAAAACAAGCUAAAUUCGUUAAGCCAUCAUUUAUCGAAGAAGAUGAUUCCGAUGAUGAUGAUGAUGACGACGACGACGAUGACGAUGAUGAUGAAGAAAUACCUAAGAAGUCAGCUGCUAAACCAUUAGUUAGUGGGAAACAAACAAAACCUGUUGGUAAACCAUCGUUUAUCCCAGAUGAUGAUGAUUCUGACGAUGACGACGACGAUGAUGAAUCUGAUGAUGAUGAUAAAGCAAAAAAACCAUUGAAAUCCAUCCUUAAAACAAAGUCUACUCCACAAGAAACAAAACUUGCUGCAAAACGUCCACCUCCUGUUGAAGAGGAUGAUGAUGAUGAUGAUGACGAUGACGACGACGAUGAGGAUGAGGAUGACGACGAUGAUGAUUCAGACGAUGAUGCUGAUGAUGAUAUGAAAACGGCAAUCAAAUCCAUCCUCAAAAAAAGAUCUUCACAAGAAACCAAAUCUGGUAACAAACGUCCACCACUUGUUGAAGACGACGACGACGAUGAUGAUGAUGACGAUGAUGACGACGACGAAGAUGAUGACGAUGAUGAUGAUGAUGACGAAGAAAUGCUUUCUUCGCCACCUAAGUCUGCAUCAAAACAAUCAUCAUCAACAGCAACUCCUCCUUCUAAACAAAAUCUCACGCCUAAAACUUCAAAAUCGGAAUCUACACCGACCGCAACACAAAAUAAACAAAAAUCUGCAAGUGAAACAACUAAACAAGAAAAUUCAAAUAAGCCACUUGAUAAACUUCAACUGUACAUAAAUUCAAUUAAAGAAAGUAUUACUGUAUCGGAUAUGAAAUCGCUCUAUCCAAAAGCAAAAUCAGUGAAAAUGCAAAAACGAAAAGUUGGUCCAAAUCAUAAAAUAAUGCAAUUAGCUUUUGUUACAUUUGACAAUGAAUCCGAUUGUGCUAAUGCACUAAAAGCUCAUACAAAAAUCGGCGGCGAAAAAGUCAAUGUAUCUUAUGCUUAUGGUAAAUUAGAUAAACAAACUAAACCAGCCGUUACUGAUUCAAAUAAAAAUUCUGAAGAGAAGAAAAAACAACCAACUCCAACAGACAAUAAUACAAAUAAAACACCACAGGCUAAACCAGCAGCAGAAAAUGUGACUAAUUCAAUAUAUAUUGGUCAAUUGCCUGAAAAUGUUGAAGAAGCUGAUUUUAAAAAACUUUUUCCAAAAGCAAUUAAAAUCGAAUUAAUACCAGCUAAAACAAAGCCUAAAGGAGUUCGACCUGGCUUUGCCUUUGUUACUUUUGCUGAUGAUAAUUCAGCGGCUGCUGCUAUUAAACUGGGUCCAACAUUAAAACUUAAAAAUACACAAUUGAAAGUUGCUUAUCGAACAAAACGAGCAACUGCAACUGAAUAA